UGCUUCGGCCUCCAAAUGUGUUGGGAUUACAGGCGAGCCACCGCGCCUGGCUGCAAAGAAAACACUAAGUUAGACAGUAUCUGAGCUAGGCCUUGAAGGAUGGGCAUUAUUUUGCAUAAGGGGAAAGAGGAGGGCAAUUACAACAAAGGGGACAAGAAUAACAACUGUAGAGGCGGUGGAAAAAGCAGGCUAGAAUGUCAGGGGCUGGAGGGAGAUGAGUCUGGGAAGACGGGCUGAGAACACCUUGAAGAGUUUUGAAUGCCAAGUAUCUACUUUUCCAGGGCCGUAUUACAAUCUUUCGAAUUUGUAUGUUGACGUGACUCGUUAGAGGUGUGGUCUUUAUUUUGGAAUAAUGUCAUAUUUCAGAAAAGUUGCAAGAAGAGUACAAAGAACUCUUUGUACUCUUAACAGCGACUAGCCAGUUGUAAACACCCCACUGCGUUCACCCCCAACCUCAUUUCUUGCCAACCCUCCCUCCUUUUCAACAAGUCAGUAUUUUACGUGUUUCUCCCUUGGCUUGGGUGGACACCCCGCUCCUAGCCUGGCUGAUUCUUCACACUGCAGGCUUCAAUCACUCCUAGAAGACGUCCUCCACUCCCAAAAUGAGACUUCUCUGAAACGGCAAGGACCACCAACCAAAGGGGACAAAACUGACGCCUCACCGAGCGCCUCCCACCGCGGCUUGGCGGCCGACUGCCGGGGGAGGAGGGGGCGUGGCCCGAGAGCGGAAGUGCCCGGAACCCGGAAGUGCGAGCUUGCGCGCCGCUGCCGUCUGGGAGUUCUCGGAGUAAGAAUGGCCUUGGAAGGGACGAACAAACGGAAGAGAAAGAGAAGUGUCGAGGAGGGAGAGAACCCUGACGACGGCGUUCGCGGGAGUCCGCCGGGAGACUACAGGGUUGGACAGGUCGCCAGUAGCUUAUGCCGCGGCGAGCACCAUUCCAGAGGUGACACCGGUCGGCUGGCGGCCCUCUUCAGUUCUCUGGAGCCCCAGAUUCAACCCGUGUACGUGCCUGUGCCUAAAGAAACCAUCAAAAAAAGGAAACGGAAUGAGGAGGAAGAAAGUACAUCCCAGAUUGAAAGACCACUUUUGCAAGAACCUGCAAAAAAAGUGAAAGCAAAGAAGAAACACACUAACGCAGAGAAAAAGUUGGCAAACAGGGAAAGUGCUCUAGCGAGUGCUGAUUUAGAAGAAGAAAUUCACCAGAAACAAGGGCAGAAAAGGAAAAAUUCUCAACCUGGUGUUAAAGUAGCAGAUAGAAAAAUACUUGAUGAUGUAGAUGACACAGUUGUCUGUCAAAGAAAGAAAAUUCAAAUCAACGAAGAAGAAGAGAGAUUAAAGAACGAGAGAACUGUAUUUGUUGGGAAUUUGCCUGUUACGUGUAAUAAGAAGAAGCUGAAAUCGUUUUUUAAAGAGUAUGGACAAAUAGAAUCUGUACGAUUUCGUUCUCUGAUUCCAGCAGAGGGAACUCUAUCCAAAAAGCUGGCAGCAAUAAAACGUAAAAUUCAUCCUGAUCAGAAAACUAUUAAUGCCUAUGUUGUGUUUAAGGAAGAGAGUGCUGCCACACAGGCGUUGAAAAGAAAUGGCGCCCAAAUUGCAGAUGGAUUUCGUAUUAGAGUUGAUCUCGCAUCUGAGACCUCAUCUAGAGACAAGAGAUCGGUUUUUGUGGGGAAUCUCCCUUAUAAAGUUGCAGAAUCUGCCGUUGAGAAGCACUUUCUGGACUGUGGAAGUGUCAUGGCCGUGAGGAUUGUGAGAGACCAAGUGACAGGCAUCGGCAAAGGGUUUGGCUAUGUCCUCUUUGAGAAUACAGAUUCUGUUCAUCUUGCUCUGAAAUUAAAUAAUUCUGAACUCAUGGGGAGAAAACUCAGAGUCAUGCGUUCUGUUAAUAAAGAAAAAUUAAAACAACAAAAUUCAAAUCCACGAUUGAAGAAUAUUGGUAAACCUAAGCAGGGACUUAAUUUUACUUCCAAAGCUGCAGAAGGACAUUCUAAAAGCUUAUUUAUUGGAGAAAAAGCUGUUCUUAAAACGAAGAAGAAAGGACAGAAGAAAAGUGGAUGCCCCAAGAAACAGAGAAAAUAGAAAUAACAACCAGGAACUGCUUUUUAUUUUCCUGCUGAGUACUGCUAAUAAAAGUGCAGUUAUCUGCUGAUAGCAUUGUCUGCUAA